UAGUCGCCCAGUAUCUCUGAGCAGGAGGUUGUGGGAUCUAUGUGGUUAAAAUAAAUCCCCCAUGAACUCAUGUGAGAGUAAAGUGAGUUUAUAUUAAAUAACAGCGGUCAUGAGACUGUACCGGACUCUCUGUAGCGUCUCCAAGUUCAGGACCGUUUUCGACUUUGCAGGGCGGGAUGUGGCUCACUGGUUCCCCGGACACAUGGCUAAAGGUGACAGCUUUUACAUGACAAUAAUGAUGCAGUGUGUUUAUUCCCUUCAAUAAAUAUAAUUCAGCUUAUAAAUGUAGUGGUAAUAUAAAUGUUGUGGGACUGUUGAAGGACUGAAGCAGAUGAGAGCCAGUCUGAAGAGUGUGGACUGUAUCAUCGAAAUCCACGAUGCCAGAAUAUCCUUCACUCUUUAAUCAUUAUCAUUAUUAUAAAUCAAAAUAAAGUGCAUUUUAGUUUAAAUUAAGACGGAUAAAAAUAAAACAAUACAUGUUAUAGGGGAGACCGGGGCUUGUUGUCACAUUGCAAUUAACUUUGCCACCAGUCUCCCCUACUUCUUUAGCAGUGUAAUUAUUAUAUUGUUCCAACAAUUUUACAGGCUACAGUAAAGUGUGUAAAUGUAACGGGUCACUCCCACCUCUGUGAAAUGGUGGUGUUUGUACCAAAUGACAACACUUCAUACAUGUGGCCAGUUUGAUCAUUUUCUUUAACCUGAAGCACAUCCCCUUCUCGGGAAGAAACCCUGCGUUUCAGGAGACUUUAGAUGUCAGACCACAUCUGCUCGUUCUCAACAAGAUGGACCUUGCUGAUCUAUCAAAGAAGCAGGUAAAAAGUCUGACUGCAGUUAAAAUUGAGUUGAGUGUGUAACCAGAAUUAUUUUCAUAACACUAAGAUGAAAUUGUACCUGUGCUUUGUCCUGCAGAAUAUCCUGAAGAGGCUGGAAAAACAGGGCGUGAGAGAGGUUCUUUUCACAGACUGUUUAAAGCAGAAAGAUGAAAACGUCCAAAAGGUAAAAAAAACACUUUCAAUACAUACUGAACAUUUGACGUUUGCUAAAUCAAACCUUUGAGCUAAGUUUUUAUUAUUUAUUUAUAUUUUUUUCUGCAGGUGGUGCCCAUGGCUUUAGAAAUUAUCCAGAGGAAUCCACGAUUUCACCGAGAGGAGGUUUGUUUGAGUUUCAGCAUGAAGAAAAAUACUGCUGAUUGAAGCACAGUGGACUUUUUACACUGAAUUCAACACUUCUUAUUUCAUGUGCAACACAACAUACACAGCACAUCUUGGCCACAUAUCUGAACAACAUUCACGAUACAAAACUAAUAUCUAAAAGAGAGCCACACUCUUCAGUUAUCUCUUUUUUGUGUUUUUUCAGAGCACAAAUUAUCGUUUGAUGGUGAUCGGUGUGCCCAAUGUGGGGAAGUCAUCUCUUAUCAACUCUUUAAGGAGAACCAACUUGAAAAAAGGUGUGUGUGAUAUUGUGGUGUCUGACUGUUUGGCUUUGUUACAGUAAGAUAAGUUACAAAUUUGAUUGUACAUUUGUUUAAGGUCGCGCAUCUCGAGUUGGAGGGGAACCGGGUAUUACUAAAGCAGUUCUGACUAAAAUUCAGGUGGGUAAAGAGGACAUGUUUUCCUUCGUUUUAAAUAUGAGGGUUUUUAGCAUGUUUUUGGAGUAUGUAGCUCUCUUUGUUCUCAGGUAUAUGAGAGACCCAUAGUUUUCCUGUUGGACACACCUGGAGUCUUGCCCCCUAAGAUUGAGAGUGUAGAGACAGGGAUGAAGCUGGCUUUAUGUGGUGAGCAGAACCUGAUCAUUAUCGUAAUUGUUUUCAGCGUAUUAUUCCAGCUGUUGUUUAGGAGCAGAUUUACAUCUAUAAAAUGUUUUUGUGUUUUUCAUUUCUUUCUCCAGGAACUAUCCUGGACCAUUUGGUUGGUGAAGACAUCAUGGCAGAUUAUCUCCUUUAUUCUCUAAACAGGCUUGAGAAGUUUAGGUGUGACUUUUCGAUAAAUCCUGAUGCUUUUGAGAAGUUAAUUUUAUUUUUUAACUUACAUGAACUUGAUCAUUUAUUUUCUUUUGUAUAUUUGUGUAGUUAUGUAGAGAAAUAUGACCUCCAAGAGCCGAGUGAUAACAUUCAACAUGUCCUCAAACGCAUUGCUGUGAAACUUGGGAAAACUCAAAGGGUGAAGGCCAUCACUGGAGUGGGUAAGAAAAAGCUUAUGCUAAAAAUAAACCUCUGGAGUACAGUGCCAUAUUGUCUGAAUUUAAUGAAUUCAUAAGAAUGAAUCAACAUUUUGGAAACAGCUGAUCGCUUGUUUGUGAAAGCCGCUAGAGAAACUUAUUUCUCUAUGAUUUAUGUUUUAAGAUUUUGGUGGAUAGUGUCAGGAGUGACAUGUGAUAAAAGCCUGAAUGUGCUUGAAGACUAUGACCUUUGUGUAAUGGGGCAUUAAUUUAACUACGCCACCAAACUGUCUGCCUCCACUGGAAAAUUUUGCAGGGAGAAAUAAAAACAAAGGUUAUUUUAAUAACAAUUUAACAGCAAUUCUUACUCGAUGGCCACUUCUCUUCAGGCUGCUUUCCUUUUUCAAAGAUAGAAAAAUGCAUCUCCAAAAAACAUCAGAGAUAUAUUUGAACAUAUUUACUCCUCAAACCUAUUUUGCUCCAUAUUUACAUAUCUAACUUUAUGAUAUAGUAACCAGAAAGCUUCUGACUUACAGCGUAUGCAAUGUUGCUUCAGUUUGACAAUUUUUUUUCUCUCUCAGGUAAUAUAACUGUCACCAUCCCAAACUACUCAGCAGCAGCUUAUCAUUUUAUUCGAGCCUUCAGGAAAGGAGAGCUGGGGCAAGUAUUGCUCGACUGACUGAACUCUAAAAAUAAAUACAACCAAAGACCGUGUUUGUAAAGUGUAUAUUUUUAUGAAAGACAGAUGUAAAAUUCUCCAAAACUCUGU